AUGUCUGAAGAAUUCCCACCCUACGCGGCCCUUCCCGCCCUCACCUUGCACCCAUCUGUCAACCCAGAACAACUCGAUGCUGCCAAGGUUGUCGCCGAUUGGCUGUCCUCCUUCACAGAGAGCUUGAGCAAGGGCCAGGCAGAGGAAAUCAGCGACCAUUUUCUUGAAAAGGAGUCAUGGUGGAGAGACUUUAUCUCUUUCUCAUGGGAUAUCGCAUGUCACAAUGGAGCCAAGACCAUAUCCAAAUAUCUGAGCACCUCCAAAAGCGGGUUUAGGCAUCCCAAGGCCGACCAGCCCGGUGCAAUGAUGCCACAGCUCGCCAAUUUAGGACCAAUGCAAUUCAUCCAAUCCGGGUUUAGCUUCGAAACCGAUAUCGGCGUGGGAAGAGGAGUUCUGAGGCUAGCCAGUAUUGGGCCCGACCAAUGGAAGGCAUGGACUAUUUUCACCACACUUGAACAUCUAAAGGAGCAGGAAGCCGAGACUCAGUCCCACGCUUCCCUUGACUCUCUGCAAGUUUUGAUUGUGGGCGCAGGACAUUCGGGACUUUACCUUGCGGCUCAUUUGCAAGAACUUGGUCUCAAAUAUCUCAUCGUGGAUAAAGCUUCUCAAGUUGGAGAUGCAUGGCGAACCAGAUAUGACACAAUAAAACUACACACGCCGACUGAAACGGGCCACUAUCCAUUUUUGAAAUAUCCGAGUGAUUCGCCCCGCUAUCUCGACAAAGAAGAUAUUCUGAAAUGGAUGGAGCACUAUCAGCAGACCCUGGGUCUCAAAGUCAGAUAUGACACACUCGCAAAGAAUAUUGAGUAUAAUGAGUUCACACAACAGUGGUCAGUCGAGUUGCAGAGCAAUGGCAGUGUGGAAAAAAUCAAUCCUAAGCAUGUCGUGCUGGCUACGGGACCAUUUUCUGAUGUCCCAAUUCGCCCUGAGUUCCCUGGCGAGGAUUUAUUCAAGGGCCAGAUCUACCACACAUUGGCCCACAAGUCCGCAGCUUCUAUCACAGAUCUGCAAAACAAAGUGGUUACUAUCAUCGGUGCUGGAACCUCCGCGCAUGACGUUGCCCAGGACUUCGUUAACCAUGGAGUUGGCACUGUGACGAUGGUGCAACGUGCGUCUCUGUUUGUAACUUCUCUUGAUUCAAUGGAGAAGUUUCAGACAUCACUGUGGAACACUCCAGGAGUAAGCACCGAAGAUGCCGACCUUUUGGGAAACUCUUUUCCAACUGCUGUGAUUCGCACUCUGGGCAUGGGAAUGACCCAGAUGAUUACGGCAAAUGACAAAGAUAUGUUGGACGGACUAAAAAAGGCAGGAUUAGCCGUGAAAAGAGAUGGAGGAGAGAAUUUGCUCGACUUUCUGCUGAUCAAAGGAGGUCAUUUCUACUUUGACCAAGGAGCAUCCCAAAUGAUCAUUGACGGUCAGAUCAAGGUCCAGAGAUGUAAACAAGGGGUCCAAGAAUUUGAUGCGGAGGGAAUCAUUCUUGGCGAUGGUACCAAGAUCAAGUCCGAUAUUGUCAUUCUGGCAACGGGUGUCUAUGGUUGUGAGAAGAUGAUUGAGCAAAUCAUGGCAAAGGAAGUUAUGGAUAAAGUGGGAGAUGUGGCCACUCUCGACGAUAGCCAAGAGCGGAAAGGUGUGUGGAGGCCGACCGAUGUGCCAGGCUUCUGGUUCAUGACAGGCAACUUUGUAUGGUCGAGACAAUUUGCUCCUGUGUUGGCUUUGCAAAUCGCUGCUGUCGAGCGGGGGCUGCGUGGUUACGAGUCACCGAAGUAG